AUGCAAUCAUCGAGCGAAUUUGAGUCCCUCCGGCGAAAACUGCUGCAGAAAGCUAAAGCCUCGGCUACCGAAGCCCCCUUGUCAGAAAGCUAUGGUCUGUUUCAACUCACAUAUCCUACAACGGAUACAAAAGCAACGCAGAGCAGGGUUCUAUUUCUUUGGUUAUUGAACAAAAAUCGACCAGCUAUCAGGGAUUUCGAAAAGAACUGGCAGGAAAGCACAGACAGGCCCCAUACUGAGUACCAAUUUCAAUAUUGGAAUCGGGAGCUUGCGCACCUCCAAAGAAUUGCUGAGAACGAAGGACUUGAGGCUCUGGAGGAUGAAGAGUUACUUCCCGCCAACCAUCCCGUUAUCCUUCCAGAGUUGACCCGCAUGGGAUUUUAG